AUGGCAGACGACAUAGCUGAGAUACUGCAAAAAUUUGUGUUAUCUAAUAAAGAGAUGGGUGGUAUAGAAAUUGACCUGGGGAAUGUAGGACCUAGUGUUAAGGAAUGUGGAGAAAGUCUGGCUAAGGAGAGUGGAAAAGAGGGCUGUAAGAACAAUCAAGAAGGAAGAGAGGAACAGGUAAAGAAAGAUGCUGAAAGAAAAAACUUGGAAUGGAAUCUGAAUAUAGUGCUAGAGAAGCCUAUGGAACAAAUUUUAAAGGAGCCAGAAGGAAAGAGAAAGUUCCAAUUAGCAAAUAAAGAUAUGAUGGAUGUUGAAGUGGCUGAGGUAUUAGAGGCUAUGACUACUGCUUUCACUAUGGAACUCCAUAUAAUGGACCUAGACAUUAAUUUGGAUUGGUGGUUCAUUGGUAUUUAUGCUAACACUGAUGAUCAAAUUAGGAACAACCAAUGGAAAGUUGUGGAAAGAAGAAAGGAAUUAUGGGGCCUUAGGUGGAUAAUUCUACCUUUUUCUGUCAAUAUAAAUGGAAAACCUAAAGGAUGUGUGAUACCUUCAAGGGGCAUUAGGCAAAGUGAUCCCCUAUCACCUUAUCUGUUCCUUCCAGUAUCCGAAGGCUUUUCCAACCUAUUGGCUCAAGCAGAGAGGAACCAUCGAUUAAAUGGAAUGAAGAUCAGCGGAAAUGGUCCAUCUUUAACCCACCUUUUCUUUGCAGAUGACUCCUUGAUCUUCUACAAAGCAGAACCUACUCAAGCUGAAGAAGUGAUGAGAAUAUUGAAGAUGUAUGAAAAAGGCUCAGGACAGUUGAUCAAUAUGGAAAAGUCCUCGGGUUUUCUUUAG